CAACCCUGCGUGAUAAACAGGCUGGUUUGGGGCCACGGGAGUACCAAAUCGCACGCAAUUAAAAGUGGUAGUGCGCAUCUACACGUACUCUGGUUUCAUUACUCUACAUGAAAUACCAAGAAGAGAUAGCUAUCGGUACUUAUUCAGGUUGGAUAGGGCUCUUGUGUUCGUGUUUUAAGCAAAGGUCCGCUAUUUCUGACACUUCACCUUUCACAGGAAGUUGAGGAACUUGCCCCUGACAAACAGCCUGCUUUCAACUGAUUGAUUCACCGUUCCGGAUAACAGAAUAAACUACCAUGUCGCAUCUUCAGAACAUUCUGUGGUUCCUGGACGUCCACACAGUGUUGCUGUGCCUGGUUCUCCUCUUGAUUCUUCGAUGGUUCUUUGGGCGACCCAAGAAUCUUCCUCCUGGCCCCUGGGGAUUCCCAAUCGUCGGUUCCAUUACGGCCGUAGUACGUGAAAUACGACGCGGCGUGCAACCUCACAAUCUCUUCAUGAGGUAUGCUGCCAAGUACGGGCCCGUGUUUCAUAUAAGGAUCCUCAACAAGACGGUUGUGGUCCUCAAUAACUACGCCUCCGUGAAAGAAGCUUUCCAGAAUCCUCAGCUGAACGACAGACCUAAGUUGCUUUUUACUGAGCUCUUUAGAAGUGAAGCUGUGGGAGCGGCUUCCGGUGAACCUUGGAUUGAGCUUCGUCGGUUCUGUCUGACCGUUCUCAGGAGCUUCGGAGUGGGCAAAACGAGCUUCGAAGAGAAGAUCGGAGAGGAAGCUGAGGCACUGAUGAAGGAGAUGUCUGCUUUCAACGGAAAACCCUUCAACCCCAAACCUCUACUCAGCAACGCAACGUCCAACGUCAUCUGCUCUGUAAUUUUCGGGAAACGCUACGACUACAGCGAUGAAGAGUUUCAGAGACUUCUGUCCUUGUUUGGACAAAAUGUCAGAUUAGCUGGAGCUGGAGGUGUUUUCAUUUUUUUCCCAGCGUUACGCCAUCUGCCCUUCGUAUCGUCCAACCAGCUUGAUUUGAACAUGGCGCAGGUACGGAAAUUCUUAACAAAUAUCAUCAACAGCCAUCGUGUUGCCUUCGACUCGGACAAUCUGAACGAUUUCACUGAUGUAUUCUUGAAAGAAAUCAAAAGCAAUGAAGAAAAAGCCAAAGCUGGUGUCAAGCACGGCCAUCUUACUGAAAACAGUUUUGUUGGAACCGUAGGGAAUCUCUUUGUGGCCGGAACAGAGACCACUGCUACUACGCUCCAGUGGGCGAUCCUGUACAUGGCUGUCUACCCCGAGAUCCAGAAGCGAGUCCAGGCCGAGAUCGACGACGUUGUCGGUCGAAACCGCCUGCCCAGGAUGGCCGACAAACCAGAACUGAACUUCACUCGAGCGGUUAUCUGGGAGGUUCAGCGACUGACUAUCGUUGCUCCUUUAGGUCUUGCACACGCAGCCGCCUCCGAUACUCAGUUUCGGGGUUUUACGAUUCCUAAAGGUGCAUUGCUGGUCCCAAACCUAUGGGCGGUCGCUCGAGACCCAAAUGUCUGGCAAGAACCUAAUCAAUUCAAACCCGAGAGAUUCCUGAACGCCAAAGGAGAGGCAGUUAAAGCAGACGAGUUGAUACCGUUCAGCGUUGGUCGUCGUAGCUGCAUCGGUGAACACCUGGCGAAGAUGGAGCUGGUGAUCUUCUUCAGCUACCUCAUGCACCAGUUUACCUUCAAGAAACCAGACGACUCACCUCCGCUGUCUCUGAAGGCAAGGGGCGGAUUCACCAACUCGCCGGUAGUAUUCGACAUUUGUGUUAGUAAGCGUGACUGAAUAUAGUAUGGGGCUACCUUCUGAUAUUCAGUCAGAAAUAACUGGCCAAUACAGCCAUAUCAGACACUUUCGGAUAAUACAUUUAUUACGUUAGAAAAAAAAAUACAUGUACAUACCUUAUGUUUGUAUAAUCAAAAGUGCAACCUAGUUUCUGAUUGGCUCCUCCAUCUUUGUACAUGGCAUGAUUGCUGAUGGUCUUGCUUUCAUCUGUAGUUAAACCAUCUUUAAUUGCGAAAUCCAAGAUAAAAAUAACAGUCCUAGAGCAAAGGCCAAGUUAAUAUUGCGUGAUAAUGUCAUAACGUUCUUGUCAGCCUAGUUCCCGCCACACCUAGUUAAGAUAAGAUGGAUAUCGAUAAGCAUGUGAUAUCAAAUCAGUGCUCUGAAAUAUGUGAUUGCCGAGCUUUUGGUAAAUGACUAUCUACUUCAGGGUAAGCAUAUUCAGUUAAUGAACUGAAUCCUGCUUGCCCUGAAGAAGGUACUCAGUUUCCGGAAGUUCGGCAAUCACGUAUUCCAGAGCACUGAUUUUAUAUUAUGUGCGUGUCGAUAUUCUGAUCACGGUGCUAUGUAGCCCUUCCAUAUUUCUAAGAUAAGAUGGACUGUGAAUGCUACACAUUAUGUUGAGACGCUUUCUAGCAAGUAGCUGCAUGCCAUAUAAUUUUUUGCCUAUACAUAAUGCCCAUGUGUGACGUUUUUGGUUGUGGCUCAAUAUACGGGGAGAGUGUAGGUAGUGACGAGUUCAUCUGUUUAGGAGCUGAAAAUCUGCAUAAGUCCACAUUUUUACGAUGGUGUAUGGUUUUCAGUUUUCAUCUACGAGAAAUAUCUGCGGAUUGGAAACCACAAACUCAUGCAUUACUAUAGGAGAUUUUGAGACUGCUUUACUCACUGAUUAAAUCUUUUCGUAGGCAUUUUGUACAAAUAUUAAAAUGUCUUGUGAUAGCACAAUGUAAGCGUCACCAUAUUUUAUCUGAAAUGAAUAAAGAAAUGA